AUGUGCCGCUUUCUGGUCUACAAGGGGACCGACGAGAUCCUGCUCUCGAAGCUGGUUCUCGACCCCGCCCAUUCCAUCCUGAAGCAGUCCUUCGACUCACGCCUGCGGUUGGACACGCGCCGCGGCCAGAAUAACGCCGAUGGCUUUGGUAUCGGCUUCUACACCGAUCCCAAGCACGGCCUUGCGCCCUGCCUGUUUACCUCGACCACGCCGGCCUGGAACUGCCAGAACCUCCAUCGUCUUGCCUCCAAGACCGCCUCGCGUCUCAUAUUCGCCCAUGUUCGCGCCACCACCGAGGGCACACUCAGCGAAGACAACUGCCAUCCCUUCUGCCACGGCACUCUGAUGUGGAUGCACAAUGGCGGUAUCGGCGGCUGGAAGCAGAUCAAGCGUCGUCUGGGCGAGCGCCUAGCUGACAAGUGGUACCUGAACGUGGUUGGCGGCACUGACAGCGAGUGGGCGUUUGCUUUGUUCCUUGACACCCUCGAGCGCAUGGGCCACGACCCCAGCUCGCAGCCUGCCAACGGUUUCGGCCCGACCGUAUUGAGAAAGGCAAUGCUCAGGACGAUCGCUAUCAUCAACGAGCUGAUCGACAAUAUCCCAGAGAGCGUCAUCCACGCCGAGAACGUUGACACUCGCAGCUUGCUCAACUUCGCCGUCACGGACGGGCAUAGCGUCAUCUGCACCCGCUAUGUGAGCAGCUCGACAGAUGAGGCCGCUAGCCUGUACUAUUCCUCUGGCACACUAUGGGAGACCCGUUCGCCCACUCCCGGCCAGCAGGCCGACUAUCAGAUGUCCCGCAGCGACAAGGGCGCUGAUGUGGUCCUGGUUGCCAGCGAGCCGCUCACCUUCGAGAGAGAAAAUUGGGUUAAUGUCCCAACUAACUCGAUCCUCACUAUCCACAACCAAACUGUCAUGGUGCAUCCCAUCGUCGACCAAUACUAUGCUCGCAGCCCCCAUCACCGCCGUUCGACCGCUUAUGUCCACACCAAAGGCUUCUCCGCCAAUGAAAAAGACCUCUCCCGUUCCCCAACCCCUCUCACGGUCCCCCCCUCUCUCCCAUCUCUCUCCGCCCUACCUCAACUCCACGAUCACCGCCAACAGUCCUUCCUCCGCCCCACGAUCCCAACUUUCGGCUCAAGCGUCUCCCGCUCGCGCACCCCGGAUGCCUCUCGUUCACGCUCUCCUCUUUCCGUUACCCAGUCCGAGCCUGUCGAGUCAUCCACGGCUGCUGCUGCGUCACAACUCCAACCUCCUUCUAUCUCUGACAUCCGGGAAAUUACCCCUCCCCCUGGGCAAGCGGCAAGGUCGGGACAACAACAAUCGCAGCCUGUACAAGGUAAUAUCAAGAAGAAGCGGGCAUCGCUAAGCGCCAUUGAGGGAACCACUUUCGGUGGCGCUGGACCCCUGGGCGGGCUCCUGAUAGACAUGCCGGAGCCAGUGAGAGAGUAUACGAACGGGAAUCCGAAUAAGAUUGCGCAACUGUUUCCCGAGUUGGCCUUACGAUGA